UAACAGCGGUUAUAAAAUAUUUUAUAAAAUCAAAAAAAAAAAAAAAUUAUUUAAAUCGGAUAUUAAUUUAUAUAAAUCAAUUUAAAUUAAUAAUUGUAUUCGAAUACACAAUAUGAAUUAUUCUGAUCUUUUGGAAAAUAAAAAUAAUAUAAAAUACGAAUUGUCAAUUAUUCCAGCAUCUCAAAUUGGACUUGGAGAAUUGGAUUUAGAAAAUGUGACUGAUAAAUAUUUAUUUUUUGUGAAUUUAAAGGAGAAACUACAGGAUUCAUUGGUUGAUCAUGUGUUCUUUGAUGUUGCGGCUCCACUAUCUUUUCUUUAUUUAUUGGUCCUGAUAUUAGGUGUCAUUGGAAAUGUCACGACGUGCAUUGUUAUAAUUAAAAGUCCAUCACUGAGAAAUGCUACAAAUUAUUAUCUUUUUAGUCUUGCUAUUUCGGAUUUGAUGCUAUUAAUUAUUGGUAUGAUUCUUGAUUUUCGAAUUUUAUGGAAAAAGUAUCCAUGGAUAUGGGGUCUGGCACUUUGUAAAGUUCUUCAUUAUUUAUACAGUGUAGCCUACAAUGUAUCAGUAUUAACAGUGUUAGCAUUUUCAUUUGAACGUUACCUUGCAAUUUGUCAUCCUCUACGUAUUAAUAAUUUGAAUGUAUUAAAGAGACCUAUUUGGUUUAUAAUCAUUUUAUGGAUAAUCGCAUCAAUAUUUUCAUCAAACCAAUUGUUUCGACAAUUAACAAAAUACGUCUUUCAAUUAUCUUCUGGUUUAAUAAUUGAUCCAGAAAAGCUAAUAGCAUGUGAAUUAACUGAUAGCAUAAAGUGGCUUGUACAUGAUCAUUUGAAUUUUAUAUUUUUCUUCGUUUUACCAAUGAUGGUGAUUGUUAUAUUAUAUAUAAAAAUAGAACGAAAAUUGCAAGACAGUUGUCAAGGAAAGACAUUGAAUUAUGGAAAGAGUUGUAGUUCCAUUCGACAAUUACAAUCUAGACAAUCUUCAAUUAAGAUGUUGAGAGUUGUUGUAAUAGUAACCUUUAUAUGCUGGGCUCCGAAUAAUUUAAUUUUUUUGUUUGAACAAAUUGGAAAGAUUCAAACUCUGGACUACGAUCUUUAUCACUGGGUCAUGUUUCUUUCAAAUUUAUUUUUCUACGCCAGUACUGUAGUAAAUCCAAUAAUUUAUAAUUUAAUGAGUUCUCGUUAUCGAGAAGCCUUCAAGAAUAUUUUCCAUGGCAAGGAGGAAUUAUCUUCAAAGAUGAAAAUCAAAGUAGAGUGUAAUACAGAAAGCUCGGUUUAA